AAAAAAAAAAACCCCUAAUAGGCACGCACGUUCAUACCGCAGAAAUAGAGCCGACGCAAGUAAACGCGUGGAUCCAUGUGGAUGAACACCUCUCGGCUUCUGAGAUUCUAUCUUCUUCGUCUCCCGGAUAGCCAUUCCAGGUUUUCUUUCAUGGAUGCUUCAAAUUUCAACUCCCCGACUAAGCCCUCUUUCUCUUCCUUUGCCCAAUCCAGCAGAAGCGGCGGUAGAGGAGCAAGAGGCUAUGCGAGAGACGCCGAUCGACGGAGACCCCAUGGCCGUGGCGGCGGCGGAGGAGGAAAAGACAAGAUCGAUGCUCUUGGAAGGCUCUUGACACGGAUCUUGCGGCAUAUGGCCAACGAAUUGGACUUGAACAUGCGUGCUGAUGGUUAUGUUAGGGUUGAGGAUUUGCUUAAGCUGAACCUGAAAACAUUCGCAAAUGUCCCAUUGGGUUCACACACGGUUGACGAGAUCAGGGAGGCUGUCAGAAGGGACAAUAAACAGAGGUUCAGUCUCUUGGAGGAGAAUGGAGAACUCUUGAUUCGUGCAAACCAAGGCCAUUCGAUAACGACAGUUGAGUCUGAAAAGUUACUUAAGCCAAUCCUUUCGCCCGAAGAAGCUCCAGUGUGUGUGCAUGGAACGUAUAGAAAGAACUUGGAAUCGAUCUUAGCACACGGGUUAAAGCGCAUGAAUAGACUGCACGUUCACUUCUCUCGGGGCUUGCCGACCGAUGGUGAAGUGAUCAGCGGAAUGAGAAGGGACGUUAAUGUCUUGAUUUUCCUGGACACCAGCAAAGCUCUUCAAGAUGGGAUGAAGUUGUACUUGUCGGAUAAUAAGGUGAUUCUGACAGAAGGGUUUGAUGGUGUUGUGCCCGUCGACUACUUCCAGAAGAUCGAGUCUUGGCCCCACAAACAACCCAUUCCUUUCUGAUUCUUUUUCUUUUCCACAGCAAGGAGUGGCAGCGUUACUAGAGAUAAGACAAACGUGGAACACGUGCGUGAAUUGAAGAAAAAGACAACCCACGUUUUCCGUGUCGAAGGGUCUAUUUCCCCCACGUGUUUAUAGUUGUGCGACCAAAAGCGGUUAGAUUCUCUGGUGGGUUCGGUACAUGCAUAUGUUUCCAAUUCUCUUCUUCUUCUUUUUUUUUUUAAAAUUUGUCUUUUAUUUCUAUCUCCAUCUUAACAUUUAAUAAUUGCUAAGUAGAAUUUUCAUGUUUA